CGGCGGGAAGGGAGGGGUUCGGCGCUGCACAGCCUCAGGCUUCUACCUGGUGUCAACCCUUAGACGCCCCGCGGGUCCGGUCCAGACCUGGAAAACUGAGGCCUGUCGAAAGCUCAGAGCUCAGCCCCGGUCCCCUCUGCCUCCAGAAACUCCAUGCAGGUGCCACCGAAUGGAGAGGACCUUGCCAGCCAACCCUGGUACCACGGCCCCCUGUCCCGACAGAAGGCUGAAGCUCUUCUGCAGCAAGACGGUGACUUUCUGGUUCGUGCCUCUGGGUCCCAUGGGGGCUGCCCUGUGAUUUCCUGCCAUUGGAGGGGCUCAGCCCUACAUUUCGAGGUGUUCCGUGUGGCCCUGCGUCCCCGGCCAGGCCGACCCACCGCCGUCUUUCAGCUGGAGGAUGAGCAAUUUCCCAGCAUGCCUGCCCUGGUUCACAGCUAUGUGACUGGCCGGCGGCCACUGUCGCAGGCCACCGGGGCUGUGGCCUCCAGGCCUGUGACUCGGCAGGGAGCUCUGAGACGUAGCUUCAGCGAGGACGCCCUCACGGACAGCCCACCUCAGACCGAGCCUCUCAGGGCUAGGAAGUGGAGUAACAGUCACCCUGCAGAUUUGGAGCACAUGGGACAGUCGAGAGAAGACCACUCUGGACCAGGACCCUCCACUGUGCCUGUAUCUGACCUGCCCCGCACGGGCAGUGAGCCCGUGUUGCUGAAGCCCCCAGCUGCCCUGGGGACCGCUGCCGAAGGUCUCAGGGCCUCUGAUGGACAACUGCAUGCCAAGGCGCCAACUAAACCCCCCCGGACACCCUCGCUGGCCCUGCCCGACGUCUCUGCAUGCUCCCCAACAUACUGUGAGCUGGUGCCCCGAGUGCCCGGUGCCCGGGGAACACCCGCCGCCCAAAGGUGCUCAGAGCCACAGGGCCAGUGGUGGGAGGUCGAGGAGGAAGAGGAGAACGGAUGUUUUGCAAGGCCACAGGCGGAGGUCUCUUUCUGCCCUCCUUUCAACCCCUCCCGUCUGCUGGGGCCCCAGAACCGGCCCCUGGAGCCCGAAGUGCUGAGUACCCUCCGCGGUCUAUUUCUGGAGCACCAUCCCAGGAGCACCGCCUUCCACCUGCUACUGGCAGACUGCCAGGCUGCAGGCCUUCUGGGGGUGACCAAGGCUCAGAGGGGUGCCAUGGGGGUCGCCUCUGGCCUGGAGCUGCUCACACUUCCCCACGGGCAUCGCUUGAGACUGGAGCUGCUGGAGAGGCACGAGACUCUGGCGCUAGCGGGCGCGCUGGCGGUGCUGGGCUGCUCCGGGCCGCUGGAGGAGCGCGCGGCCGCACUCAGAGGAUUGGUGGAGCUGCUGGCGCUGGCGCUGCGGCCAGGGGCGGUGGGCGACCUGCCGGGACUGGCCGCGGUCAUGAGCGCCCUGCUCAUGCCUCAGGUGUCCCGGUUGGAGCACACGUGGCGCCACCUCCGGCGGAGCCACACGGAGGCUGCACUGGCCUUCGAGCAGGAGCUGAAGCCGCUGAUGCGGGCUCUGGAUGAGGGGACCGGACCCCGUGACCCCAGCGAGGUGGCGCUCCCGCACGUGGUACCCGCGGUGCGCCUGCUGGAGGGCGAGGAACUCUCUGGGCCUCUGGACGAGAGCUGUGAGCGGCUGCUGCGCACCCUGCAUGGGGCGCGGUGCCUGGCCCGAGACGCCCCCAAAUUCCGCCAGGGGGCCGCUCGGCGCCUGCGAGGAUUCCGCCCAAAUCUGGAGCUGAAGGAGGCCCUGACCACCAGCUUCAUGCGGAGGCUGCUCUGGGGAAGCCGGGGCGCGGGAGCUCCGCUAGCCGACCGUCUGGAGAAGUUCCAGCGUGUCCUCAGCAUCCUGUCGCAGCGCCUAGAGCCGGACCAUUGAGAGCACAGGGCCCCUUCUUCACACUCAGGCUUCCAGGGACCCCCAAGGGGACCCAAGGCUUCCUCCCAGGAUCCCGGCGCAGCCACACAGGAAGUACUUACCUGGAAGGAGGGCCAGGUUUGCAAGAAUGCACCUUGCCCCGCCCGUGCACCUGUAGGGGUGGGGCCGGCAGCAGCCUCCUCCCUCCCCCUAGCAGGCUGGACUUUGUGUCUGGCGAUAACAUUCAGAGCCC